CUGCUAAAGAGAGGAAGGAGACAACAAACAUUGGAAAUUUGAAAAUGUUUGGAAUAAAAGAAUGACAACAAAUCUAUAAAAUAGGCUAGUUGCAGUCAGAAGAUAUACAACAACAACAAGGUGGGGAAGCGAAACCAUUGCGGAACGAAACCGAAUGAAUUGUGUAUCCGUUGCAUCAGACAAGAUCGAUCGGGACGAUGUGCUAUUGAACGAUGAGGCACUGACAGAUGGAAGUUUGCAAGGCUGCUGGAGUUGUUGCUACCGCUGCAAUCACCAUUAUUACUAAUACGACUGCUAUAACUGUUGUUGUUGCUUUGUGGGACUGGAAGGAGGAAAGGGUGGAGUCAUCUAUGAAAAGUGACAAAGGAAAGAGUGCGAGUUCGUUGAACCCGACUAAACCGCUCGUAGAGGGUGCCGCGGCACCAGAAAUUAUGCUGAAAUUGCUUGAUGCUUACGCGAUGUUAUGA